CAAGGAGUCUUAUUUGAAAUCCAGAAGCUCUACUUAAGGCCGUUUUCGACAGCGUACACAGUGUUUCUGCUGUGCGCAACUGAAGUCCCUUUUACGCGCCGCGGGAUCGUACAGUAUUCGCAGUGAUGUUGCUGGAUGCAGGCCACCAACUAUCUAGUUUAGGUGUUGGUACAUUCGCCAGGCACCACGAAAGCCAAGAAAGAGACUUAAGCUUCAUGGAGUCUGCACACAUGGGUGCGUUCAAGCUGAGCCAUGACCAAAGUGCGGCAUUCGCCUCCCAGGCGCCGGGAUACUCCGCUGCUGCGCUUGCUCACGCAGCGUCCUACGCCAAUUCGUCGUUCAGUUCCAGGGAUUUCAUCCUGCGAAGCCGAGGAUUCGGAGAUUCCAGCCCGAACAGCGGUCAGCAGCACCCCAUCUUCAACCCAACGGCGAGCUCGAUCCAUCACUCUCACGCAGAGAAUCAGGGACAUCUACUAUUCCCAGGGAUACACGACCAACACGGGGCGCACCACAGCUCUCCAAACAUGCUCAACGGUCGACUUGGGUUGGGGGAAGUGUUCAGCAGGGCUGACCAGUACCACCAGGUGUCCAACCCCCGGGCCGAUCACUACAACCAGUACGGGUCAAUGGGACUGAACAUGAGUAUGAACAUGGCGCCGCACCAUCACCCGGGCGCGUUUUUCCGUUACAUGCGUCAGGGCAUUAAACAAGAGCUCGUCUGUAAAUGGAUCGACCCGGACAAGCACACAGACCGCAAGAAAGGUUGCUGCCAAACUUUCAGCACCAUGCACGAGUUGGUUACGCACGUCAGCGUAGAACACGUUGGCGGCCCGGAGCAGUGUAACCACGUGUGUUACUGGGACGACUGUCCACGGGAGAGCAAGCCAUUCAAAGCCAAAUACAAAUUGGUGAACCACAUUCGCGUGCACACGGGGGAGAAACCUUUCCCAUGUCCAUUCCCGGGCUGUGGCAAAGUGUUUGCGCGAUCAGAAAACCUGAAGAUCCACAAACGCACACAUACAGGAGAGAAGCCGUUCAUGUGUGAGUUUGACGGCUGUGAUCGCCGCUUUGCCAACAGCAGUGACCGCAAGAAGCACAUGCACGUUCACACAUCUGACAAGCCAUAUCUGUGCAAACUGUGCGACAAAUCCUACACCCACCCCAGCUCCCUGAGGAAACACAUGAAGGUCCACGAGUCCUCGUCCUCAGCACCAGAUGCAUCCCCUACUGAGAGCUCCGGUUACGACUCAUCCACGCCCUCAAGUUUGGUGUCCCCAUCCUCGCAUGGCAACAUGUCGCCCGAUUCUGUUAUCCUCAGUGGUCAAAGCAACUUUAGCGAGUGGUACGUCCCAGUCUGAGCCUGUUCUUUUCCCCACAAUGGCGACACUGAGAUGGACCCAAUUUCUCUUUUUUUUAUGCGGAGAAAUGUAUGCUGGUUAUGGACCAAAUAUAAGAUGGAUGCCUCUUUUGGUGGCUUGUCUUAAACACUGUUUUCUGAAUCAUCAGCUUUGCUGUACAGUGAAUCUCAGGUGUAUAUCUCUGUGCCUCUGUCUCAAAUCUGUUCAUAACUGUUGAUGCAUAUGAUUGUGUGACCAGACCAAAGUUAAAGAGUUAUAUCUUGUGAAUGUAUAUUUUUGAAUGAUGAUGGUAAUGCCCUGCAGAUAUAAUGCCAUGAAACUGCAGAAUUGUAAGAAUAAAUCA